AAAGCGUCUGUCUCCCAUGCGCGAACUUCAGAGUCUCUCCUCGUCCCGUAAACAGCGAUGGCUGCCCCGUUGGCACAUUUCGACGAGGACUGGCAGGACUUCAACGAAUUCAGGCCAACAUCUGAAUGGCCAAAUCAGUUGGAUCAGAUAAACUCCAAUGUGGGCGAUUCGACGGGAUUCGAGGACUUUUCAGAUUUUGACAACAGCUUCUCAGGGGAGAUAUGCAGCUUCAAGUCUAUGGAGGACCUUGUAAACGAUUUUGACGAGAAACUGAAUAUGUGUUUUCGGAAUUAUAACACAAAGGCAGAAAACAUCGCUCCAGUGAUGCCCAUUACAGAGGACAACUUCCUCAAGGACGACGGAAUCUGGAAUGCACUGACUGAUAACUAUGGUAACGUGAUGCCGGUGGACUGGAAGACCUCUCACACGCGCGCACUUCACCUGCCCACCCUGGACCUGAAAGAGCUAAGGAAAGAGGACAACUCCUCUCUGGAUCUGUCGGACGACGAGGAGCUGAGGGAGCAGAUGGACAUGCACUCCAUCAUCGUGUCCUGUGUCAGCGAUGAGCCGCUCUUCACUGCCGAGCAGGUGAUAGAGGAGAUUGAGGAGAUCAUGCAGGAGUCUCCUGACCCCGAGGAAGAUGAGGAUGAGGAGGAGGGCCCGUCUCAGACAGACAUGAACAUGCUCUGCCAGCAGAUGGACACGCUACACAGAUCCAGCUCCACCAGCAGCUACGAAGAAAGCCUGCGAGGCCUGUCUAUGUCGGAGCUGAGCGAGCGUCUGGCGGGCGUGGAGGGUCUGAUCCGGGGACUGUCGGAGGAGCUGGUGCAGCAGCUGGCGCUGCGCGACGAGCUGGACUUCGAGAAGGAGGUGAAGAACCGCUUCAUCUCGCUGCUCAUCACCGUGCAGAACCGGCAGAAGGAGCACCGGCAGCUGCUGAAGCGGCGCGGAGGCAAGAUCCGCAGCCCCAGCCUACAGCAGGGCAGGGGGGAGAGGACGCACGUACCGGGCACGGUAAGCACACACACGUCAGUAAAUACAUACAAGAUCCGCAGCCCCAGCCUACAGCAGGGCAGGGGGGAGAGGACGCACGUACCGGGCACGUAUCUUACCACAGUAAUUCCCUAUGAACAGAAGAAUGGGCCGCCAUCAGUGGAAGACCUUCAGUUUCUCACUAAAAUACUGAAUGCCAUGAAGGAUGACAGUGACAAAGUCCCCAGCCUUCUGACCGAGUACAUCCUAAAAGUGUUGUGUCCCUCCUAGUUCUCUGAGAGAGUGGCGGAACCUUCCGGCUGGAGCCAGCAAUGCAGUCAAGUCAACCACAGGUGUCCUCCCUCCACAGGCCUCAUUUCAAACUUCAGGCCCUGUGGUUUCAAAUAUGUAGUUAUGCUACAUCGUGAUUUUUAUUUUAUUUUUGGUUUAUUUUUUAGUGUUUUUUUUAUUUUUUAAAUUCUAUAACAUAUUUCAAUUGUCACCCUAACUGUUAUAUUUUGAUAUCAAAUGUUCGUUUGUUAGGGUUUUUUUUAAUGCAUGUGAGAUCGUAAUAUUUUAGUGUUGCAUAUCGCCAGUCAGCAGUAUUACUCCCAUGUGUCAUGUGAUCGUCAAGGCUGGACGUGGCCAGUUGAGUUUACACAGUCCCCUUUCCUAGUGCCGCCAUUGAGAAAGCCAUGUGGAAAUGACGUACAUGGUGCCCGUACGUAGCACUCAAUCCAGCUAGGGGACGAUUCACCUUGGUUGGUAUAGUGGUAUUUCAUUGGACAAAAGCUUGGUUGGCAUUAGUAGGUCUGGGUCUGAUGUCUAGAACAACAGGGAUGGCAGUUGCCAGCAGCCUCAAGCUAAAAACUCUCGUAAAAAUUAAGUUGAUGGUCAGUUUUAGACAAUAAGGGGAUUUUUACCAUUUCUUUGUCAGUGGCAGGUGAAGGUUCAGCGUUUUUAUGGUGUUGCAUUUCCAGCCCUGGUGCAGAGAGCAUUAUACAGGAAUACAGUAUGAGGGUAGCUCCAAGGGCAAAGACAGGGCUUCCAGCCCAGUGAGCAGCACUGUGAGAUGAUGUUGGUUGGCAUCGUCUUAUCAUGUAGCACGUUGAAAACCCCAAGCCUCCAGUCCGAAGGCAUUAUUACACCCUGCUGGGGUGGCAAACACUUUG